CUGGGGAGUUGGUCACAUUCUUGGCUGGGAUUCAAUGACUGAGGCAGACACCAACAAACAGAGGGGGGGAGGAGGAGGAGGAGUGAGGGAGGCUGAGCCAGCCUGCAUUAGCUCAGCUCUCAGGCACUCUCAGUCUCUGCUGGAAAGAGGAGCUGGGAGGAUGUGCGCUCUGUUACCGCGGCUCCCCACGGCACGCCGAGAAGACCGAGAGAAAUAAGGGAAGAAAGGCGAACCGAGAGACCUCCCAGAUCAAGCUGAGGGACCACGAGGGGGAAGGGAGCCUGCUUAUCGCCCGGCCGAAGCCCCCCGCGCCGUUUUGGAAGUGCCAGAGAUUUGGGCCUUUUCUUCUGCGUUGUUCCCUUCUACAGACCAAGCUUUCUUCCUCCUGCUUUUUUACUUUCCGCCCCCGCGCCUUCCUUUCGGUGGAUAUGGACAGAAGGGUGAUUACUGCAGAGAAGCAGCAGCCGCCAGAACAUAUUUGAGCCGCGGGUGCUCGGAGCGUGGCACAGACUUUUUGUGUUUCCGUGGGUGGCGUGUGUGUGUGUGAGUGUGAGUGAGUGAGUGUGUGUGGUGGAGGUGUGGGAGGCGGGAUUGGUUUGCCUGGGGGGUUGGCUGAGGGGGUGAGUGCUCGGAUGAAGACCUCUUUUUGCCGUGACUCUCUGCUCCAUCGGGGCAGCUUGGAGACUUGGAGGGUUUGAGAUUGUAAGGAACGAAGAGAAAAGAAGAGAGACACGCAUACAAAAGGAUUUAUUUCCCAUUCGCUAGUGGAUUGUUAAACCUGAGUGGGAAGGAGGGAGGAAAAAAACCCAACAACAAAACCCAAAAGCAACAAAAAACCACCAGGGUGGGUUGUUUCAUUUUGUUUGUAUUUUUUUUUCUUUUUAAAAAAAUCCCUUAAGUGGAUUUGUACCAGGGUGGAAGAUAACUGGGGAUUUUUGUUGUUUGUUUUGGGAAUAGAAACUAAAAAAUGGAGACUGUAAGUAGAAGCAGCUUCCAGCCUCAUCCAGGACUGCAGAAGACCUUGGAACAGUUUCAUCUGAGCUCUAUGAGCUCCCUGGGUGGCCCUGCUGCUUUCUCAGCACGAUGGGCACAGGAGAUGUACAAGAAAGACAAUGGCAAAGACCCAGCAGAACCUGUACUGCAUCUGCCCCCUAUCCAGCCUCCUCCGGUGAUGCCUGGUCCCUUCUUCAUGCCCUCGGACAGAUCCACUGAGAGGUGCGAGACCAUCCUGGAAGGGGAAACCAUCUCCUGCUUCGUGGUGGGUGGAGAAAAGCGGCUUUGCUUGCCCCAGAUCCUGAACUCGGUGCUCAGGGACUUCUCCCUGCAGCAGAUUAAUUCGGUGUGUGAUGAGCUACAUAUUUACUGCUCCAGAUGCACUGCUGACCAGCUGGAAAUCCUCAAAGUCAUGGGCAUCCUGCCCUUCUCCGCUCCUUCCUGCGGGCUCAUCACUAAAACUGAUGCUGAGAGGCUUUGUAACGCCUUGCUUUAUGGUGGCACCUAUCCUCCCCACUGCAAGAAGGAAUUCUCUAGCACGAUUGAGCUGGAGCUCACAGAGAAGAGCUUCAAGGUGUAUCAUGAGUGCUUUGGGAAGUGUAAGGGACUCUUGGUGCCAGAGCUUUACAGUAACCCUAGCGCAGCCUGCAUCCAGUGCUUGGACUGCAGGCUUAUGUACCCACCUCACAAAUUUGUGGUCCACUCUCACAAAUCCCUGGAAAACAGGACUUGCCACUGGGGCUUUGACUCUGCAAACUGGAGAUCCUAUAUCCUCCUCAGCCAGGAUUACACUGGGAAAGAGGAGAAAGCUAGACUGGGCCAGCUCUUAGAUGAAAUGAAAGAAAAAUUUGACUAUAACAACAAAUACAAGAGGAAAGCCCCCAGGGUCUCUUCAGAUCCUCCUGCCUCCAAAAAGCCCAAAAUAGAUGACUCUGCUUCCCAAUCUCCAGCUUCUUCUGAGAAGGAAAAACAGUCCAGUUGGUUACGGUCCUUAUCCAGUUCAUCUAACAAGAGCAUUGGCUGUGUCCACCCCCGCCAGCGUCUCUCUGCUUUCCGGCCCUGGUCCCCUGCGGUGUCGGCAAAUGAGAAGGAGCUCUCCACCCAUCUGCCUGCCUUGAUCCGAGACAGCAGCUUUUACUCCUACAAAAGCUUUGAGAAUGCUGUGGCCCCCAAUGUGGCACUUGCACCUCCAGCCCAACAGAAGAUUGUGAGCAACCCACCCUGUGCCACGGUGGUGUCACGAAGCAGCGAGCCCCUGAGCACCACUGUCCAGCCACGGAAGAGGAAGCUGGCUGCAGAGAACACAACUGUCCCAGAGGCAGCAGCCACUGCUGCAGCCACUGUUACUGCCCCUGAAGAGGACAAGGAGUCAGAAGCAGAAAUUGAAGUAGAAACCAGGGAAGAAUUCACCUCCUCCUUAUCCUCGCUCUCCUCCCCAUCCUUUACUUCAUCCAGCUCCGCAAAGGACAUGAGCUCACCUGGGAUGCAAGCCCCAGUCACAGUCAACAGUUCAUAUGAGGUUGCAACACAUUCUGACUCUCACAGCAGCGGGUUGGAAGCUGAGCUGGAGCACCUAAGGCAGGCCCUGGACAGUGGCCUAGAUACUAAAGAAGCCAAAGAAAAAUUCCUCCAUGAAGUUGUGAAGAUGAGAGUGAAGCAGGAAGAGAAGCUAAACGCUGCCUUGCAAGCCAAACGCAGUCUACAUCAGGAGCUGGAGUUCCUAAGAGUGGCUAAGAAGGAGAAGCUGAGAGAAGCAACAGAGGCGAAGCGCAACCUAAGGAAAGAGAUCGAGCGGCUGAGAGCCGAGAACGAGAAGAAGAUGAAGGAGGCCAACGAGUCGCGGGUGCGGCUGAAGAGGGAGCUGGAGCAGGCCAGGCAGAUCCGGGUGUGCGACAAGGGCUGCGAAGCCGGCAGGCUGCGGGCCAAGUACUCGGCCCAGAUUGAGGACCUGCAGGUUAAGCUUCAGCACGCAGAGGCUGACAGGGAGCAGCUCCGGGCUGACCUGAUGCAUGAAAGGGAGGCUCGAGAACACUUGGAAAAAGUAGUCAAGGAACUUCAGGAACAACUGUGGCCUAAAUCCAGCAGUCAGCCCAGCAGCGAGACCACGACGAGCAGCCUGGAGAACUGAAGCACCACAGCAACUAGAGCCCAGAGCAGGAGGUGUCUGCACAGUAAGGGAGGUGUGUGGGGGGUACGUGUGAUGCAUGUGUGAGUAGUUGUGUCCUGGCACACAGGUCUAGCCAUGUGAGUUCCCAAUAGGUGGAAGGCAAACGUUCCUCUUGCUAACAGAAGCACUGAGCUACGCCUCUUGUUUCUCCAGUCCAUAGCACAACGUCUUACUGUGCCUAUAAAACACAAAGUGUUUGUAAACAAAUUACUUUUGAGUCCACAGCAAAUUUUCUACCGGCAAACUCCAAGCAAGCAGCAUCGUCCAACUGAAAUCAGAGUCAAAGGCAAGCAUGGCAGUGGUUUGGUGUUGCCCUUCUGCCUCUUGGAACAUUUUGGAAUUUGAAAAACAAACUUUUCUUAUAAGCUAUUUAAAAUAAUUCAUUACACAGACUUGGUAUUAAAAAAAAACUAACAAGAUUUUUAUAUGAACCUGUAAAAGCAAAACCUUGGAUGCACAAUUUUUAAUGACUUGUAACAGGCUGUGGGAUUCUCAUGGCAGAAGCCCUCUGGUGAUGACACCACUUCAUUAGCAGUUUUCCAGCCACCCAGGAAGCCAUCGCAGUUCUGAUCCCGUCCCCUGGCUGUGGAAGUGCAGGCUGCUUCUCUGAGCUGGUCUGUUCCUUAGGGAGAAUGCUCCUCCCUUCCCGUCCUGAACACGAGCAGAAAGGAAGAUGCAGGCUUGUAAAGGGGGGUGGGUGGUGAGAGGAGGAGGUGUGCUCUAGAAGGACAACCCAGCCUUGCAGACCACCCCAUCUUCUCUGAAGACAUCUUCAUUCGCUGCUGCGUGCAAGGGCUCCCCUCAAGAGAGACUUCAGCUGUAGGAAAAGGAAGUGCAGAAGGCAAUGGCUGAGCUGCUCAGGCAGGCACAGGUUUGGAAGUCGCUCUGAAAUCUUUUACUUCAGCUCUCAGUUUCCUUAAGCCUCAUCUCUGCUGCACCACCUCACCAUACCCUCAGUAUUCUCCUGCUUUUGUCUUGAACUGUCAGUCAGGAGCUCUGUGCCCACGGAGCGCAGCGGCGCAGUGCCGGAUGCUACAGCACAGAGAAGCCACCUUUGUGCUGCUGUGAAUAAGCCUCCAUCUUAACCCCUUUUUUGUUUUGAAAGAGAGAAAUUGCUUUAAUUUUUGGAUCCAAGCCGCAGCCCUGGAACAGAAGCGCAGUGCAGCGAGUCACUGCUGGCUUGGUGCUGGUGCUCCAGGUGUUGAGUUGUCAUUUAGCUGCACUUUGUCCACCCUCACUCUGCAUUGCAGUCCAUGGCUGCCACGUUUACAGCCCAGUGCUCUCCAGUCUGCCCUGCCCGGCCCGUGCAAGCCAUCAGCCCAGCUCUCCACCCCCCGACACCACCAUCACCUUCACACGGUGUGGAAUGCUCCCAAACAUGAAUUCUCCAGGCCAGCGCACUGCUGGCUCAGUUCUAAACCUGUUCUACCUGGGUUGUAGCCAAGGGAGGUUGGGGAGCAGUGGAGAUGCUCCUGGAAGUGCUUCGUGAUUAAAGCUGGUGCUUUACUGAACAAGAGCAAAAUGAUUUUCACCCACAAACUCUCACCUCUUACACACUCGAGCUCCUCAGCAGGAAGCGAGUGUGACCUGGGGCUGCAGAUGUGCCUUCCAGCUCAUUUCUCCUCUCAGCACCUUCUAGGAGGCAAUGCUGACACUUUUUUUACCUUAAAGAAUAAAAAGGG